GGUGUAUGCUGUAUGCAUAGGUUUGGUUUUUAAAGUGAUAGCUAGGUAUGGAGAUUAGAGAUACACAACACAAGACAUAGUCAUAGUAUGAUAGUAGUAUAAGGAAGAAUUCCCAGACACCUCCUUUUGGGUCCCCCACUUUGUGUCCUUAUCUCCAACCUUUUUGUCCUUGUUCCUUUCCCCUUCCCCGGCCCACUUUUAUAGCCUCCACACUUCACUCACACACUCAUGUCUUCUACUUCUUCUUCUUCUUCUUCUUCUUCGUCGUCAUCAUCAUCAUCAUCUACUUCUUCUUCAACUCCAUAUGACGCUGUUGCCCCUGAUAUCCCUGGCCCUAGUACGAGGAGAACCGGUGGUACUGGUCAAUUUGAAGCUUCUUCCUCCUCUCAACGUCAACGUGCUAUGAAUGAGGUCUUGCCUGAACCUUUACUUGAAGCUUUGGCCACCCAACUUGCCCUUGAUGCUGCCAACUACAAUGGUCGUCUUUCUGCUGCUUCUGCCCUUGCCAUUUUAUUUCAGGUUUGUUCCACGUGGCGAGAGGUGUCGCGGUCGGAUCUGCUGUGGCAGCGGCUCACGAGACGCAUCUGGAGACGCACCUAUCAACUGAGGGCCACGUGGCAGCUGGAGUACAUGUAUUGGCAUCGGACGGCCAGGAACUUCUCGACAGGGAGACACAGGUUUUUCGACCCAGCAGUGUUCGACCCUUCGGAUCAUCACCACCAUCUGCUCUGUCGCUGCCUCGCCCUCUCCGACACACACCUGGCGUGCGGCUUCGUCGACGGCUCCGUGCGUCUCUUCGACCUCGAAACCCGAGCCCACGUCACCACCUUCUUGUCUCUACACGGCCACCUCUUUGGGCCCUUCUCGCGCUCCGUCUCGGGCAUCGUUAUAAUCAACUCCAGCAUCACCUUCGCCAGGCUGGAUGGGGAUAUUUACGUGGAUAAUGUGGACGGGCCUGGGCCCAUUCAAGCUCGCCGGGCCGUGGAAGGUGACGUGGUCAACAACGGGGUGUUGGUUGGGUUCGCGGGAACGGGGCGGUGGUGGGUUGGCCUCUACGCGGGAAUAGCGGGCCGGGCUUUUCAGAUAUGGGACGCGCGCAGUGAAGAGCGCGUGUUCGUUGGUGGGUCUUUGACGGAUCCAGAAACGGUUAUGGGGUGGCACAUGCUGACGGAGCUAGUUGAAGCCGUGGGUCGCGUGCGCGUGACGGAGCGUGAGUAUGUGGUGGCGUGCACGGCUUCGAGGAUGGUUUGUUUCAGUUUUCGGAACCCGGAGGUGUUGUUGCGGGACGUGGGGUCCACGAUGGGGUUCGUGGUGAGUUCGCUGGACGCGAGUCAGGAGGCCUAUGUAGUGUUGGAGAGGAACGGCGUGGGAACGGUUCGGCGAGCGAGCACGUAUGAGCGGUUGAGCCGGUUUCGGUUAAACCGGUUAUGGGUUCGGGGGUUGUGGGCCUGCAUGAACCUUGGCUACGUCUUAACCUAUUCGCCUGCGCCUUCUCCUUCGCCUUCCUUGAGGGUUUGGGACAUUGAGCAAGCCAUAGGACGCUUGUGUGUCACUCUUGGGGUCAGAGCUGGAUACGUUAAUAGCUUGGUGGCAAAUGACAGACACGUCUCUAUCUCUUCCAAUGACAAUAACAUUAACUUAUUGGAUUUUGGUGUACAGGAUCCUUAGCUUUAGGAAUUAUUAUUAUGAGUACUAUGCUCACAUUCAUUCUAACUUUCCAUUCCUUUUUGUACCUAUCUCUCUCUCUCACAAAAAUCACAUCCAUUGUUACUGUUCUAAUUUAAUCUUUCUUUCUUCUCCCAUGGUCACGUAGAAGACAAGUAGGCACCUAGGUGUUGAUGUAGAGAGUUUAGUAAGUCCAAAAACAUGGGAAUCUAGCAUGCUUUCCUUCACUUCGCCCGAUCUUCCAAUAGUAAAUUAUACAAAUUGUUAUUG